AUGGCUGGGAUUUUGUUACCGGCGUUAUCAACCAAGGAAGAAGUUGACAGGGCUAUUCUUUCUACACGGGAUAAAGUCUUGUUGCUUCGCUUUGGAUGUUCAAGUGACUUGGAAUGCAUGAAAUUGGACGAUAUCUUGGCUAAGCUAACAGAAGAACUUUCUAACAUGGCUGUGAUCUACACUGUCGAUGUUUAUGCUGUUCCAGUCUAUACUCAGUAUUUUGAUAUUAGUUUGAUUCCAUCGACUAUUUUCUUCUUUAAUGCUCAGCACAUAAAAGUUGAUUGGGGAACUCCAGACCAUACAAAAUUUGUUGGCAGCUUCAAGACCAAGCAGAACGUUGUGGAUGUUGUGGAAGUAAUAUAUCGAGGUGCUAUGAAAGGCAAGCUCAUUGUGAAAAGCCCUCUAGAUCAUACUGAUGUUCCUUACUAUGAACUGAUCUACAAAGAUAUCUGA